GGUAUGCUGCCAGUUUCCUAGGGAAAGUUUCCUUUACAACUGGAAAAAAAACUCCCCGCAAGAAAAACCACGGGGAGCUGCUGCGACCUCCCUCCAGGCAUUUGACCGGUUGAUGCUACCACUAAUUUUCUGGAAUAUCAUUGCACAGUCCCAGCUACUGGAUUGGGCUUCUUGCCUAGUGGCAACGCGGCUGCUGCCUUGCUUUGAAAUAUUGAUAUCAGCACAGGUUUGCUGGCUUUAAAUAUUGAAGAGCGCUAUUAAGGCCAUGGAAGAACAAGUGCAAGACCUAAUCAGUGGGAAGAAGUUCUGAAGAGCUGCCAGCAGCUAGAACCAAGAGGGGAAACCUCUUCAUCACUUUGAUGAAAACAAUAUGCUGGACUUUGUGUUUGCUGUUGAUGAUUCUGUGACAUGGCAUAUGAUGAACCUGUUAAAGAAUCGUAAUCAUUAUUCCUUUCUAAAAUAUUUUGGGCCCAAGCCAAUCAGUAACGUCCAGAACUAUGGAGCAGGGAUUUACUACAAUACACUAGUGCCUUGUAAUGGCAGGGUUAUAAAAUAUGGUGUUAUUAGUACUGAUGUUCUGAUUGAAGAUUUGCUUCACUGGAAGACACUCUAUGUAGCUGGACGACUGCAAAAGCCGGUGAAAAUCCUUACGCAGAAUGAGAACGUUAAGCUGCAAGCUGCCCUUACUAGUAACUUGAAGAGCGCAGUCACAGCAGCCUUUCUUAUGUUACCUGAAAGUUUCUCUGAAGAGGAUCUUUAUAUGCAGAUUGCUGGGCUCUCUUAUUGCGGUGACUUCAGAAUGAUAAUUGGAGAAGAUAAGUCAAAGGUUAUGAACAUAGUGAAGCCUAAUAUGUUGCAUUUUCAGAAGCUCUACAGUAACAUAUUAGAGGAUUGCCCACAAGUGGUGUACAAGCACCAGCAGGGGAAACUGGAGAUAGAUAAGAGUCCAGAAGGUCAAUUUGCGCAGCUAAUGGCUCUGCCAAGGACCCUACAGCAGCAAAUAACUUUUCUCAUGGAUCCUCCAGGAAAGAACAGAGAUGUGGAAGAAAUUUUAUUGCAAGUUGCCCAUGACCCUGACUGUGGAUUAGUGGUACACCAGGGCAUUUCAGGAAUUGUGAGAUCGUCCAGCCUAAUUCAGAGUGCUAAAACCACCCUAACAGCUGGAAUAAAAAAAUCUGUGACUUACAGCAUGAAGAAGAUGUACAAAAUGUCAAAAGGAUGGCUGAGGAAGACAUGACACCCAGAGGACUGGACUUUUUGAAAAAUCAGCUGAUCCUCUUUGUGGCUGAAGGUUAUUCCCAUUUGACCUGUUGCAUCACCUUGCCUUGGAAAAUUAAGAAUAUGCAGAAACACGUUUGUGCUAUUUAUACACCAACAGUGUUGCGCAGACGAUAAACACAGGAGAUCACCAGUUUUGGUUUCUUCAAGAAGUGGGUUUCCUUCCUUCCUUGUGUCUGUUAGAACUCCCCCCCCCCUUUCCAGAGUGACUGUUUCCAUAUGUGCUGUGAUAUGUUACAGUCCUUAAAAACAGGAGCCCUGUGUGAUCAGAGUUCCCAGUCGUGUGGAGGACUGUAAGCCUGCUCAGCUGAAUGUGCCUUCAAUCUCUCUCAUCAGAUCUUGAUGCUCAGGGUAGGUGGGUUGGAGAGGGCAGUGCACAUGGCCUGUGGCCCCUUCAUGGAUCCUGUUAAUGAACUUCUAAAUAGGACUCCUACAAAAGUUUUUGUUGUUGUUUAGUCGUUUAGUCGUGUCCGACUCUUUGUGACCCCAUGGACCAGAGCACGCCAGGCACAAAAGUUUAUUCUUUUACAAAUAUAGAGAGAGAGUGUGUGUAUGUCCUUUGAGCAUGCAGUUUGUGCUAACCACUCUUCUGCAAGAGCGGCUUGUACUCUUGCAUCUUUAACUUCACCAAGAACUCUUAAAGGUCUAAUCACACAGCUUAAGAACCGUUGAAUGGUACUGAAUUAUUUUCCUCUUGGCCCUCUUUCUUGUGUAGAGUUACAUGCCAAGUAACUUUGCAAAAGGUCAGCCAUUUGUUUUAAAGGCAUAGUUGACAGCAGUAUAAUUCACAGCCAAAUAUCGGUGAGCAGGUCAUAUUUCAAAACAAGGUCGGGUUAUAGUUGAGCUUCUGGGUCCAAUAAUGUGUGGGUGUUUAGGUAUAUAAUUUAAGAGUCCUGCUGCACUGCUAGUGCUUUUAAUGUCUGCCUGUGGUUAAAAUCAGGGAACAGUUUUCUUACUGGUAAUAGACUGUUUCUCCACCCCCACCACUUGUGAAUUUUAAUUACUGGGGCACAAAUGAAGACAACCAAAGAAAGGGGGUUCAGAUAACAGCAUUUGACCUUACCACUCAUUUCUCUUAGGGCAAAGUGAAAAUACGUAUUGGUUUGUUUUUUUUUUGUUGGGGGCUGUACAGAUUUUUUUCCCUUCCUACCCACCCACCCCUCCAUUUGCUUAAAAUUGCUUUCUCAUCCAAACAACUUUUCACAGAUGGCUGCCAUGGAAAAAGGUGUGUUUGGGCUGCAGCUCACAUCGUAGUUGCAUUUAAAGGCACAGUCAGGAGGAACUAAGGAAAUAAAAAGGACAGUUCUGUUAAAGAUUAUACAUGAUAAAUGGUUAUGUAUUAGUUCAUGUUUGAUUUGAAAACUUACAAGAGCUCGGGUUAAAACGUAAUUUUAAUUUGAUUAUUUUCUACUCCUUCUCAUGGGCUCAAGGCAGGUAAAUGUACAGAUGUAUUUUGCAGCCCAGGUGGCACAAGAGCUUGAUGACUGAUUGUAGAAAAACACACACAAAGGCUUUAAAUUCUGACAUUAAACACAAUGAAAAGCU